UUGACAGGUAAUACAUUAUAUACACGUACACACAGUUAAACGUACUCGAGAGAAAGAUUGUUACAAAGUGGUAUAAACGUUUUAAGUUUUCUUUUGUAGAAUGACAAAAUUGUAAUCAAUUAUCGUAAAAAUAGGUUGUGUUACCAAAUAAAAGUUUUCAUAUGAGAUAAACGUAAUAAAAAUUAGACAAAUUAAGAUUGUUUGUUUUUUUUGUUCUUAUACAUUUUCCGGUCAUUUACGUGCGGAGUGAAGUGAAAAGUGUGUUCUCGAGUAAUCCAAAAUUAUUAACGGUAUAUAUAAUUGUAGGGAUACAAUAACCUAUUCUGACAUUAUAUUUCAUUCAUAUGUACGACAAUGAGCUUUCCAGAGAAACAGGAUGGUAUAUCUAAAGAUGAGUGGGUCGCUAAACUUGAAGAAGGAUCUCACAUGCAGAGAGUCUCUAUGAAUAAUCUGAUUAUGAAUUAUCUUGUAACUGAAGGAUUUAAAGAAGCAGCUGAAAAAUUUCAACAAGAAUCUGGAGUUGGCCCGACAAUAGAGUUGAGUUCGUUAGAUGAUAGAAUUCGUAUUAGAGAUGCUAUACAAAAUGGUCGCAUUCAAGAAGCUACGGAUUUGGUCAAUCAAUUACAUCCUGAAUUACUAGACAAUGAUAGAUAUCUCUAUUUUCAUCUCCAACAAUUACAUCUCAUUGAAUUAAUUCGUACUGGCAGAAUCGAAGAAGCAUUACAGUUCGCUCAAGAUCAGCUUAGUGAAGCUGGAGAGUCAGAUGAUAAUAUAUUGUGUGAAUUGGAACGUACUUUGGCUUUGUUGGCUUUUGAUGAACCACAUAAAAGUCCUUUUAGCGAUCUUCUACAUCCUACACAUCGACAAAAGAUUGCUAGUGAACUAAAUGCUGCUAUAUUGAAAAUGGAACAUAGAGAAUCAACCAGUCCGAGAUUAAAUAAUUUAUUAAAAAUGAUCUUAUGGGCCCAAGAUGAGCUGGAUAAGAAAAAAGUAAAAUAUCCUAAAAUGACUGACUUGGGUAGUGCAACUAUUGAAAGUCCAAAAUAAUACUAAUAAAUUGAAAAUAGGUACUUCGAUGAAAUAAUAAGAUUUUAUUUAUUAGUAUCUAUAGAGGACGAAUAUUAUAUAUUAAUAUUGUUAUUACAUAAACAUUAGAUUUUUAAUUAUAAAAUUCUUUGAAUUAUUAAGUAA